CUGCUGGGGAAAGGAAGAAAAGCCAGAGGAGCCAGACGCAGAUAGCAGGAAGUUCUGCUUGGGCACGUGGCCUGCAACAACUCCUUGGGAAACCUGUGGCGGGAAUGGGCUGCUCUGGAGGAUGGAUGGCUGCCUUGAGGGGUGCCUGGGGGAUGAGGCUGCUCAUGUGGCUGAUUUUCCUGACCCUCUGGGAAGUCUUCAGUGCUGAAGCAGUAGGGAAGUUCUGGCACAUCACUGACCUGCACCUGGACCCCAACUACACGGUAUCCCAAGACCCGCAAGAGGUGUGCCCCUCGGCUGGCAACCAGCUGGUGUACAAUGCGGGCCCCUGGGGUGACUACCUCUGUGACUCUCCAUGGGCCCUCAUCAACUCUUCCAUCUACGCCAUGAAGGAGAUCGAGCCGAAGCCAGACUUCAUUCUCUGGACGGGGGAUGACACACCACACGUGCCUGACGAGAAGCUGGGAGAGGCAGUGGUGCUGGGAAUCGUGGGACGUCUGACCAACCUCAUCAGGGAGGUCUUUCCAGAUACUAAAGUCUAUGCUGCUAUGGGAAAUCACGACUUUCACCCUAAAAGCCAGUUCCCAGCAAUGAGCAACGAUAUCUACAAUCAGGUAGCAGAACUCUGGAGACCCUGGCUUAGUAAUGAAUCUGUCGCUCUCUUCAAAGAAGGUGCCUUCUACUCAGAGCCAUUGCCAGAUCCUAGCAGCCCGGGCCGCAUGGUGGUCCUCAACACCAAUCUGUACUACAGCAACAACCGGUUGACGGCGGAACUGGCUGACCCCAGCGAGCAGUUCCAGUGGCUAGACGGUGUGCUGACCAACGCGUCCCAAGCUGGGGAGAAGGUCUACAUAAUCGGCCAUGUGCCCCCGGGUUUCUUCGAGAAGACUCGGAACAAGGCGUGGUUCCGGGAGGGCUUCAACCAGGAGUACCUGAAGCUGGUCCAGAAGCACCACAAAGUCAUAGCAGGACAGUUCUUCGGGCACCAACACACCGAUAGCUUUCGGAUGUUCUACGAUGAUAAAGGUGCACCCAUAAGCGUCAUGUUCCUUGCCCCUGGGAUCACCCCAUGGAAAACCACAUUGGUUGGAGUGGUCAAUGGAUCCAACAAUCCAGGCAUCCGGCUGUUUGAGUAUGAACGAGCCACACUGAACCUGCAGGACAUGAAGACCUACUUCAUGGACUUGCGCCAGGCGAAUGCACAGAACAACCCACGCUGGGAGCUCGAGUACCAGGUGACUGAGGCCUAUGGGGUGCCCAAUGCCAGUGUCCACUCCAUGCAAGCGGUAGCGACUGGCAUCGCGAGUAACCAGGACAAGCUGCAGCGCUACUAUGUCUACAACUCUGUGAGCUACGACACGACAGCCUGUGGCAAGACCUGCCGUACAGAAUUCUUGUGUGCCAUGCAGGAAGUGGACUUCAAAGCCUAUUCCACUUGCCUGAACAACGCUGGUGCCAGGCCAGGGCUGGGGGGCCUGCUGGUCCUGCUGGUCAUGCUGCUGGGCCUGCGGGCUCUGCUUGAACCCUGACCUUGGGCACGGCUCUUCCCUUGUGGGGCUCAUUUUCCUUCUAGUAAAACAGGGUAGUGUCACCCCAUCGAGAGCUGAUUUUGCCACCAUUUCCCUGUGUCAGAGGAAAGUAAGCUGGUAUGGGACAGGUGGGAUCAGGAAACGAAGCCCCAAAGGCCCCUCUGGAAG